GUUAUUCAACAAUAGUUAUGACCUCCCGGUUACGUGCGCUGGGUGGAAGAAUUAAUAACAUACGCACCUCCGAAUUACCCAAAGACAAAGCUCGAUCCGAAGUCAUCUGCAGCAUACGAUUUUUAGAUGGCUUGGUACAGACCUUUAAAGUUAAUAAACAAGACACUGGCCAGUCGCUUCUGGAUAUGGCAUAUGCCCACCUGGGUGUGACCGAAAAGGAGUAUUUUGGUUUGCAACACGGUGAAGACUCGGUAGACUCCCCUAGGUGGCUUGAAUCAAGCAAACCCAUCAGGAAGCAGUUGAAAGGAGGUUACCCCUGUUCCCUGCAUUUUCGAGUAAGAUUUUUUAUACCUGAUCCCAACACACUGCAGCAAGAACAAACCAGGCACUUGUAUUUCUUACAACUGAAGAUGGAUAUUUGUGAAGGAAGGUUAACCUGCCCCCUGAAUUCAGCAGUGGUUCUGGCUUCCUAUGCAGUACAAUCUCAUUUUGGAGACUUUAAUUCUUCCGUACAUCACCCAGGCUACCUUGCAGACAGCCAGUUCAUACCAGAUCAGAACGAUGACUUCUUGACCAAGGUGGAAUCUCUCCACGAGCAGCACAGUGGGCUAAAGCAAUCAGAAGCAGAAUCGUGCUACAUCAACAUAGCUCGGACCCUCGAUUUCUAUGGAGUGGAGCUGCACAGUGGCAGGGACCUGCACAAUUUAGAGCUAAUGAUUGGAAUUGCUUCUGCGGGCAUUGCUGUGUACCGAAAAUACAUUUGUACAAGUUUCUAUCCUUGGGUGAACAUCCUCAAAAUUUCUUUCAAAAGGAAAAAGUUCUUUAUACAUCAGCGACAAAAACAGCCUGAAUCCAGGGAACAUAUCGUGGCCUUCAACAUGCUAAAUUACCGAUCUUGCAAAAAUUUGUGGAAAUCCUGUGUUGAGCACCAUACAUUCUUUCAGGCAAAGAAGUUACUACCUCAAGAAAAGAAUGUUCUAUCUCAGUACUGGACUCUGGGCUCCAGGAACCCCAAGAAGUCUGUAAAUAACCAAUACUGCAAGAAGUUGAUUGGAGGCAUGGUAUGGAACCCGGCCAUGCGGAGGUCCUUGUCAGUAGAACAUCUAGAAACCAAGAGCCUGCCUUCCCGGUCCCCUCCAAUCACCCCCAACUGGCGAAGUCCUCGGCUCCGGCAUGAGAUCCGAAAACCCCGCCACUCCUCUGCGGAUAACCUCGCAAACGAGAUGACGUACAUUACAGAGACCGAAGACGUGUUUUACACCUACAAGGGCUCCCUGUCCCCCAAAGACAGCGAUUCCGAAGUUUCUCAGAACCGCAGCCCACACCGAGAGAGUUUAUCUGAGAACAACCCAGCACAGAGCUGCCUGACCCAGAAGUCAUCCAGUUCUGUGUCUCCAUCUUCAAAUGCUCCAGGCUCCUGCUCAUCAGAUGGGGUCGACCAGCAGUUCUUAGAGGACUACCACAGGGUGACGAAAGGGGGCUCCACUGAGGACACUGGCCAGUACUACUGUGACAAGAAUGAUAAUGGUGACAGCUACUUAGUCUUGAUCCGUAUCACGCCAGAUGAAGAUGGAAAAUUUGGAUUUAACCUGAAGGGAGGAGUGGAUCAAAAGAUGCCUCUUGUAGUCUCAAGGAUAAACCCAGAGUCACCUGCCGAUACCUGCAUUCCUAAGCUGAACGAAGGGGAUCAGAUUGUGCUGAUCAAUGGCCGGGACAUCUCAGAACACACCCACGACCAGGUGGUGAUGUUCAUCAAAGCCAGCCGGGAGUCCCACUCGAGGGAACUGGCCCUGGUGAUCAGGAGGAAAGCUGUCCACUCAUUUGCCGAGAUCAAAUCUGAAGAUGAACUGAACCAGCUUUUCCCAGAGGCCAUUUUCCCUAUGUGUCCAGAGGGUGGGAACACUUUGGAGGGAUCCAUGGAACUGCUAAAGAAGGGCCUCGAAAGUGGGACGGUGCUGAUCCAGUUUGAGCAACUUUACAGAAAGAAGCCAGGUUUGGCUAUCACCUAUGCAAAGCUGCCUCAGAAUUUGGAUAAAAAUCGAUAUAAAGAUGUGCUGCCUUAUGACACCACCCGGGUAUUAUUGCAGGGACAUGAAGAUUAUAUUAAUGCAAGUUAUGUGAAUAUGGAAAUUCCUGCUGCUCACCUUAUGAACAAGUAUAUUGCCACUCAGGGGCCCCUGCCACAUACCUGUGCACAAUUUUGGCAAGUCGUCUGGGAUCAGAAGUUGUCACUGAUUGUCAUGUUGACAACUCUCACAGAGCGAGGGCGGACCAAGUGUCAUCAGUACUGGCCCAAUCCCCCUGAUGUUAUGGACCACGGCAUCUUUCACAUUCAGUGUCAGUCAGAAGACUGUACCAUCGCCUAUGUGUCCCGAGAAAUGCGAGUCACAAACACUGAGACCGGGGAGGAGCACACAGUGACACAUCUACAGUACGUGGCGUGGCCUGACCAUGGCGUGCCUGAUGAUUCCUCAGACUUUCUGGAAUUUGUGAACUCUGUGAGGUCCCUGCGGGUGGAUGGGGAGCCAGUCUUAGUUCACUGCAGCGCUGGAAUAGGUCGAACUGGGGUGUUGGUCACUAUGGAAACAGCCAUGUGCUUAAUUGAAAGAAAUCUGCCAGUUUGUCCAUUGGAUAUUGUCCGAAAAAUGCGAGACCAGCGCGCCAUGAUGAUACAGACAUCAAGCCAGUACAAGUUUGUGUGUGAAGCGAUUCUUCGUGUGUUUGAAGAAGGCAUGGUCCAGAUGCUGGAUCCCAGUUAGGACAACUGUGAAGCGUUCAUUCCUUGUCCCCAAGGGCACCCUUCUGAAGAGAGGGGGACAUGCCUUCCUCCGGAGGCCACAGGAGGAACCGGGAGCUGUGGGAAGGGAAUGAGCAGAUUUGAACCCAGGCACUUUAAGUUUCUGUAGAAAAGGUAUUGUGUACAUAGGUAUAGAUACGCAUGCAACUAUGGCUUCCUUUAAGCCCAGAGAAAGAAGCACAAGGGGAUUUCAGUGUGGGACCUGUCCCACUGCCUUCCUUCCUACACAUUACCGUCCCGUGUCAACGUCUUGGGGCACCUGGGAGGGUUCUUCUGCAGCGCCGCACACGUCCCAGAAGCCAGGUGAUGGGCUGUGUGCAGUUGCUCAGGUAUUGUAUUGUGUGCAGGGUGCUGAGGGCUGUGUGUCCUGUGCUCCCAAGUGGAGCAGAGCAGCACAGGGCACCAGGAAUCAGGCUGAAGGAUGAGCAGUGCCUCUGCUGUGCCCACUCCUCCUGCAUCUCUGUCCUGCCCCGGUUAGUACUCGGUUCCUGAGGCUGCGUCCAGAGCAGCUCAUUCUCCCCAGCGCUGCCCCUCUGUUCACACGCAGCGAAUGAUGCUUGCCCAGGCCAAUUCCAGCCGGGACUCUGGUGUGAUCCCGUCUUAGCUCCAGAAGCAGGUGUGUCUCUUGCCUCGCUUGCCUCUUACUGUACACUCAGACUCCAGGCCUGGAUCCCUGACUACUGAAUCUGCUACAUGGAUUGCUGCUACUUCAUGCUGUCACACUCAAGACAGGAGGGUUUUCCCGAGUGGGAGGGGAUGAUAGCAUUGAGAAUCUUUGGCCCUUCUGAGAAAAGACCUGCUAGUAAGUGACCAUGGGAAACCCUGCUUCUCAAGGGUUCCCUGGGGGUAUGUACGUGUGUGUGAGUGUGCGUGUGUGUGUGCCCUCCACAGGUGAGUGUUUCUCAGGAUUCCUAACUUGAUUCAAAUUACCCUUGAGUUUAUAGAAGACAUGAUUCUCUGUACAGAAGAACAGAUGUGUGCAUUCACCCUCAGUUACAAUGGUCUCCAUUUCAUUUCAGAGGAGAGUAUCAAACUGUCUGAACGGAAACACAAUUCGAUGUUAAUUUAUUCUAAGUACCCUGAGAUUUUGAUUGUCCUAAAGAAUUCUGCUUUUGUGAAUACUAUGUUAAAUUUUUUUUAAAAUUUGUGACAGGAUUGUAGCAAAAUAUUAUUUAAGGAAAAUAAAUUACAUAAACAUUUUAAUGUGGUAUUUUUAAAGAGCAGUUUUUGUGUCUGCAGGAAAGGAAGCUAAGCCAGUUUGUUAAUGGUAUUUACAGAACACUUUCAUGUUAUAGCCUACAGAGAUGAAACCAUUUUAAUAUUAGGAAACUCUGGACCAAUUGAAUCAUUUCCUGGUUGCAGGAGUGAUAAGGACCCCCAGACAGAGCCAGGUUUCUAAAGGUUCUUUAUCUACAGAUCCAGCAUAUUUACUUGCACACUGCCUAUCUUUUCCCUGUGCAUAUUUUACUGCUAAAUGGCCUGGGUAGGAGGCAGUUCCCAGUGUAUAACUCUAAGCUGUGUGACAAGAAAGUAAUAGAAAGUCUAGCACUGAGGGCUGGGAGAUCGGGUUCCUGCUCCCCCUCGGCACUAACUAGCACUCACCUCAGGCACCGAGGAGCUGUGCCUCCAUUUCCCUUGUCUAUGAAAUCAGAAAAACAGUACCUAGCUAUUCUGAUUGAACAUGGAAACGGGGUAAGAUCAUGCUAUGAAUGUGAGUUUUCAUCAGUUGGAGUAUAAACUGACACUGCUGUUGGAUCAGUUACUUGGAAAAGCUAAUUUCUCUGUGAUUAGCCCCAAAACACAUCAAACAGAAGUGGGGUCGAGUAAGGUAUAUGAGAGAAAAAUGUUCUUGUAGAAGGGUGGAGCAGAAGUACAAAGAAUGUUACACUAGACCUUUGUUCAGUCUGGACCCAGAAAGAAGUGCUCUCAGCAAAGUACCAAAAAGAAAAAAGGGGGAGGGGUGCUGACAUAAAUUUAAAUGCCAUCAGGAUGUUUAGCAAAUUUAGCCAUUCAAUAAAAGUGUAUCACCACCUUAUGUGUAAAAGCUUGAGAAGUCUAAAUGUCUUUCAAGAUGAUGUUUUAUUAUUUUUUAAACAAACUCGUGUGGCUGCAGAAAUGCUGUCAUUAUGGUGAUGUACAUUUCUAAAAAGCUUGCGGAAAGUUCAGCCAACCUUUUCUGCCACCGUGCAGACCAGCAAUUCAGACCCUGCAGACGUUGCCAGGAAGAAAAUCUAUGAAAUCCUGGGAGGAACAAGACAAGAAAAUUAUCUAAAGGAGCAAAAUAUACAAGUAAACACUGUAUAUAUUACCAGUAAAAAUCCACAGCCCCUUCUUUUAUGAAUGUCUGCAGUUCUUAAGAAGCCCCUUCCUGAGUGAAACACCAUAUCAGAGUCAGGGUAAAUAUUUUGCCUGGGAAAUUUGGCUGGGUGUGAAUGGAGAGGACAUUUCUGGUGCCUUCAGAAGAUCUAAUUAGACACACUGAUGUGCAGACUUAACUGGGAUGAGAGGGCCCCACUGGUGUCACUCUUUAGCACCUAUGCUCCCUGUUUUGACUUAGCAAAGAAAAAGAUUCAGCUCAGUUUGGUUGGGCUAAGGAGAUGGGGUAGUUGAAUCCCAAAUUGGUACCUGUCUUGCGUUUCUUGCUGCAGCAAUUCAUACUUAAAUAUGCUCUGAGAUUAGUGUAGAUGCUAUUGCUGCUCUGUUGUUGGUUGGCCUGUUUUUGUCCCUCAGAAAUUAUUAUCUAGGGCAGCAAUAAGCAGCAAAGAGGCUUCUGCAAAAAGCAGGACUUGUCCAGAUCUGGACUUAGCAAGAUGCAUUGCCCUUGGUUUCGUUUUAUGUAUAAGGAGAUGAUUACACAGGAGGAGCUCAAGAUCUGCCAUUCUGGGGGUCUGAUACUCCAGAGAAGCAAAAAACCCUUCAUCACAUCGGCACAGCUGCCAGAGACAGAUGUACCUCGUAUCUGUGACUCUUCCCUGCAAGGUUGUCCCUCAGACCUCGGCACUGUUGGAUGGGAAAACAAGGAUCGCCGCCCUCUGACUUCUGCCUGUCAACCCGGCUAAAAGCAGUGUCAGUAAAGGUGACAUCAGCCUGGGAAGCCAAGCCCCUCAGGUGCCAGACUGAGCCCGCCGUCUUAAGAGCUCGCGCACUGUUCGGAGCAACCAAAGGAUUGUGUUAAGCCAUGUUGUUUUGAAAAGUAUCUUAAUUAAUCAGCAAUAUUUUUUCCUGUAAAUUUGGAAUGUUUUUCAUUCUGACCUGUCCUGUCAGUGACUACUGAAAAACAAUUUAAUCAAUAUAAAAACACUCAAGCUAUGCAACAC